AUGGCAACAGGUCUGAGACUAGACGUUAGUGAGUUAGGAAUAACCCCAACAUCAUCAGUGGUUGGCAUUGUUCCGUAUGAUGUAUUCAUUAACUUUAAGGGAUCCGAUGUUAGAGAAACGUUGGCUGCCACUUUAUACCAGGCACUCAGUGCCAUGGGAUUGAGUGUUUUUAUGGAUUACGAAGUCAGUGAACCCGGUGAUAAUAUUGCAACUGAAAUUGAAAAUGCAAUAUUAAAUGCUUCUCUUCAUAUUGCAAUAUUCUCAACGAACUAUGCAGAAUCGCCCUUUUGCUUGGCCGAGCUAUCAUUGAUGCUGAAAACUGGCAAAACUAUUGUUCCUAUUUUCUACGAUGUUGAACCUCACCAUCUUCGAUUGGGGGUUCACUCAGUUUACGCCGAGGCAUUUUCACGUCAUAUAUACAGCUCAGAAAAGCUUCAGGAGUGGAGAAUGGCACUUCGCAACAUCUCAUUCUAUUCUGGCUACAUGAUUACACCUGCUGGAGACGAGAAAAAGAUAACGGAGACUAUCGCGAAUUCUAUAUUGAAGACAAUAAGAAUGGUACCACUUCUUGUAGCUAGAGACACCGUUGGGCUCAAUGAAAAUGUAGAUGAAUUUGAAAGAAGCCUGCUUGAACCUUUGCGGAGCCAAAAAGUGCAGAUUGUGGGAAUCGUUGGUAUUGGCGGGUCUGGUAAAACAACACUCGCCAAAGCCAUCUAUGACAGAUAUUUCUCUUCAAUUCUGAGGUCCAGUUUUGUUUUCAGUGUAAGAGAUACCGAAGCUAAAACCCAUUUGCGUGAGUUGCAAAAAAAUUUACUAGAGGAGCUCCAUCUCAAAUAUCCCCCAUUUCUCACAGUAGAGGAAGGCACAAGUGUCCUGGGACGUUGUUUGAGAAAUGUUCGUGUGCUCAUCGUUUUGGACGAUGUGGAUCGUGUGGAUCAGCUGGACGGCUUAUUACCAGCAAAGGAAACGCUUGGUUCAGGUAGUCUGAUUAUAGUUACAACUCGGGAAAUGGACGUACUUACUUCCUGGGGCAUCUCUUCCAUUUAUAAAAUGGGAAUGAUGAGAUUAUCUCAUGCCAGGCAGCUUUUUUGUCGGCACGCUUUCUCACAGCCUGUACCGUCGGAGGAAUUUGAAGAUUUAGUUGAAAAAUUCUUAAGCAAAUGCAAUGGGUUGCCUUUAUCCGUUAAGGUUUUCGGAGGAGAGCUUUAUGGCAAGUCUAAAAAUUACUGGGAAAGUCAGUUGGAUAAGAUCUCCAGAAUAUUGCCCGACAACAUUAGACAGUGUAUGAAGAUAAGCUAUGAUUCGCUUGACCAAGAAGAGCAGGAGAUUUUCUUGGAUAUUGCUUGUUUCUUUAUUGGGGAAAAGAAAAGUUUGGCUAUUGCAGUAUGGAAUGGAUCUGGGUGGAAUGGUGAGCACAGUUGGCAGGUGCUUGAGAAUAAGUGCCUUGUUGAGAUCGAUGGGCAGAAUCGAAUAAGAAUGCAUGAUCACCUUCGCGACUUAGGAAGAGAAAUCGCAAUUCAACAUUCACCCUAUCGUCUUAUGUCGCAAGGACAAAUUACGAAUGUUCAGACAAUUACGAAUGUUCAGACACGUUCUCAGGAAACCACGCUGAUUCGAGGAAUAAUUGCCGCCACAACUCAAUUUGCUGCAUCCUCAGCCCAUGGCGAGUUUCCUAGAUGUUCUUUUCAUUUCCAGGCGCCUUUUAAGGAGUGCAUGGAGCUUAUGAAAGGGGUUUCCUCGCUUAAACUUCUUGCUGUCACAGAAAAUGAUUUUACAGAAGAAUUUGCUACACUAUCAAAAGAGCUUCUGUGGGUUCGUUGGUUCGAUUUCAAACACUCAAAUCUUCCACCAUGGCUUUCGUUGGCAAAGUUGAGAGUCUUAGAGCUUUUUGACGCUUCCAGCUUGAAUGGAUUAUGGGAGGAUAAUGCAAAUCUCCCAUUGCAGCUGAGAGAACUGCGUAUCACUACUAGUUGGGGCAGUAGUUUCGAAAGGUUUCCGAGCUCAAUAUCACGUCUGAAGUAUUUGAAGAAGCUCUCCUUCAUUGGUUAUCUUGGAGAAGAGUUUCGCAUAAAAAGAUUGCCAGAGGAGUUUUGUGAUCUUCAAUCUCUGGAGCUACUAGAACUGCGCCAUUGCAAGCUGCUGUCAACGCUACCCAUCCGUUUCGGGGAGUUAACAAAUUUACGGCAUAUAGAUCUGUGCUCUUCUGAGGAACUAAGGAUGUUGCCAGAUUCGUUUAAGAUGCUGAGGGACCUGCAAUAUCUGGAUUUAUCAGGCUGUAGGAAGCUCCGGAUACAAACUGAAAUUCUUGAAAACAUGACAAUGUUACAGAAGUUGGACUUUUCGGGAUGCCGCAGAUUGUUUGAGCUUCCUUGUCAUAUCACUAAACAGACGUACUUGGAAGAGUUGAAUGUUCGAGAUACCUGUUUAAGGGACGUACCAGAUACCAUCAUUCAACUAAGGAAAUUAGAGAAGUUAAGGAUUGGUAGUCCGCUCUUGAGAAGUUUGCCAGCCACUAUUGGGGGUUUGUCCUCUUUGACUUGUCUGGAAAUCGAUGAUUGCUUAAACUUGGAAUCUUUACCUGACUCUCUUGGCCAUUUAAAUCGCUUACAAUACCUAGGGAUAAAGUUGUCGGCCAUCAUGUCUUUGCCAAAGUCAAUUUGCCAAUUGAGAAAUCUUCAGACUCUGGAGAUAUCUGACUGCCCAAUAAGUGAAUUGGAUUUGGUAUCUGGAAAUACUUCUUUCAUGCCUAACCUCAAGGCCAUUUCUCUAACAAAGACGUAUUUAUCCAGGAUAUCAAUUUCUAAAGAUCGCUGCCCGGAACUCCAGACUCUCCAACUUCAGCAAAAUGACAACUUAGUUGAGAUUGAAAUUCUGCCCGGGUAUUUGCCGUCUCAUUAA